AUGUGUUCUCAUGUAGUUGUGUCAUCCAAUCUCAGUCUGUUGUUGUGCAAUGCCUGCUUGUGGAUUGCAGAGGAGUGGAUUCGCCAAAGGAUAGCAAACGCUCAGAGAAGGAAAGCUGAGCAGCGGAGGUACAAGUGCCCCGCCUGUGCCACUGAAUGGAUUAGAACAGAGACACUCAUGGACCACAUGCAGAAGUGCUGUCAAGACUUGCUGCAGGACGAGGACCCAACACAAAUGGACGUCGACAGCAUCGACGAAUUUUUGCAAAGGGCAAAUGCAAAGCAGACCGAACUACAAAACCUUGGACUGUACUAUGAGUUUGAAGAGCCCAAGCGCCUUGGCUGGGAAGCAAAGCGAUCGUCCAAAGAAGUUGCGAUGUUGAUGGGUCUCCCACAUGAAAGGACAAGAAAACUCUUGGUGCGGGCCCUGCGAGCCAUCCCCCUUGUCGUGGACCAUGAUCCCCUGGAUGUUGUGUAUGAAGAUGAGGCACUACUGGCAGUCAACAAACCCCCCUUCGUCACGACAUCCCCCAGGCACCGGUGGCAGGGCGGCACCAUGGUGAAUAGGGCACUUGGCUACUUGGGGUAUGAGCCCAACGUUGUGCACAGGCUGGACAUGAACACAACAGGCGUGCUGGCUGUGGCGAAGUCUGCAACGGCAGCAGCACAUAUCCAGAGACAGUUCAAGGUGAAGUCCCUGAAGAAGUCCUACUUGGCUGUUGCACUUGGUGUUCCACCAGCAGAACACUUCAUUGUGGAGGCACCAAUUGCCCGAGACCCCAGCGAGCGUGUCCCAAGAAUGAUCGACGAAUCAGGGCGGGGGGCCAUCACAGAAUUCAGGGUGCUGGAUUGCAAUCCUGAUGUGCACCUGGAUGUGCCUUCAGCGCAGGAUGGGUGGUACGCCCGCCUGAAGGGUUGGACCGUCCCCAGGAGUGGUGUGGCACUGCUGUUGUGCAGGCCGAAGACUGGCCGUACGCAUCAAAUACGUGUGCACCUUGCACAUGUUGGCCAUCCCAUUGUUGGGGAUGAGUUGUAUGGACUGCAGGGACCCUGGAUAGGUCGUCAGGCCCUUCACGCGUUGUCGAUGGGGCUGAAACGCCCAACUGACGACAGUUCAUUACUGCUGGAGGCACCUGUGCCUGAGGACAUGCUGCAAGCUAUUGAAGAGUUGGGCCUGAGGUGUUUGCAAAUCCCCCAAAGCACACCAUGCACGCAGUCUGCCUUGCAGUGUGAGGCCACUUCAUAG